AAAAAAAAAAAAAAAAAAACUAUUCGACAAGUAACUGUUAAAGUAAAACCGUAAAGGCGACUCUCCACAAAUGAAAACUAAACCUCUUCUAUAAACCAAUCACAACUCCCACUCUUUGAUUUUUUUUUUCUUUUCUUCCCCUGUUUUGUUCUUCCUACUUGUUCGUUCUCUCUUAAGCCAUAAGAAUGGCGAACACUUCAAACUCCGAUCCAAGUUUCGAUAUCCCAUUUGCUUCCUCCAAUGUAACCCUCCCGAGUAACAGUCAGAACCCAAGAAGAAAACGUACUAAACUCACCAACAACGAAACCGGAUCUUCUUCUUCUCCUGCAAGGCCUAAACCGGUCAAGAAACCGCUGGACCCUAACGCUCCUCCACAAAUCGCAAGACCAUGUACUGAAUGUGGUAAACAAUUCGGGUCACUGAAGGCACUCUUUGGUCACAUGAGAUGUCACCCUGAACGUCAGUGGCGUGGUAUCAUCCCUCCUCCUGACCACAAACGUGUCUCUAACGCAACCGCCGCUUCAAGCAGUUUGAAUCUUGUUUCCGAGGAAGAGAUAGCCUCUUACUUGCUAUUGUUGGCUAAUGGUGCUGUCACGACCGGUACAAGUGGUGUUGAGGGACGGUUCCAGUGUGGUGGCUGUAAGAAAGUGUUUGGAUCACAUCAAGCGUUAGGCGGACAUAGAGCAACACAUAAACACGUGAAAGGAUGUUUCGCCAUUACAAACUCAACUGAAGAUCCUUCUCCUCCUCCUCCUCCUCCUCCUCCUCCUCCUCCUCAAGAGAUCGUUGAUCAAGACAAAGGUAAGAGUAUCAAGUUGGUCUCAGGGAUGAUUCAUCGAUGUAACAUCUGUUUCAGAGUCUUCUCGAGUGGUCAAGCGUUAGGUGGUCACAUGAGAUGCCACUGGGAGAAAGAUCAGGAAGAGAACCAAGUCAGUGCGAUCGAUCUUAAUGUUCCUGCAGCCACAUCUCCAGACACAUCCAUAGGUUGUUCUUUAGAUCUUAGGUUAGGUCUUUGAUCAUAUAUAAUAAACAUAUGUGUUUUUGGUUUUUCUUCUCUAAUUAUAAUAACUCUCUCCCUCUCUCUCUGUAUAUGUGUGAUGGAUUUGUAUUAUGAACUUAUAGGAUUGGGUAUUGUAUUCUAUAUAAACUAUUUAAUUGAUGAAAUUCACAAAAGGGUUUUCUAAUAAAUGAAAUCCAUUUCUUGAA